AUGGUCACCAUCAAACGCGAGCCACCGAACAAGUCGCGUCCGAAUCUCACUCGCUUGGUCGCUUUUUUCCCAAGAGAAGAAGAAGAAGACAAAGAUGAAGAAGUCGCGCGUUGCGUCGUGUGGAGAAAGAAAAAGACCGGAAAAACGCUGUUCGUCUCGAGUCUCGAGGUGAGCGAAAAGUUUCGCAGGCGAGGUAUCGCGUCGAAACUUUUAGACGAAGUCGAACGGCUCGUGAAAGAAUCGGACGCUUUGGAGACUGUUGAGCUCACGGUGAACGCGUGGAACGCGAACGCCAUCGCGUUGUACGAGAAGAGAGGAUUUAAAGCGUUGGAGGAAGCAGAGGGAGAUGUGGUGAAAAAAAUGAUAGAGUUGGCGAAAGAUCCUCUGAAGAUGGUGCAGAAACGAAUGACGAUGGACGUUGUGAAGAUGUGA